UUUUUAUUUUUACGGAAUAUUGAAGAAAUUGAAGUAUCAAAAGUGUCAAGUAUAUCUGCUGCCACAUCUUUUCAAAUGGAUUCUCUCUGGAAAGCAUCUGUAAACGGAUUGGAUGGAGACAUACGAAGUAAAAGAAAGCAUAUUGAGAAUGGAGAUGUUCAAAUUUUUCAGAUUGAAAUCGAACUGAUUGAUGAUUCGGACAACGUACAAAAUGAUCAAUGGAUUAUUGCAACUGGUGCUCAACCUAACCCUGACGAUUUUGAGUUACAAAAAUAUGCGAAACAACAUCGAUUACGUGUGUUGGGAGGCGUCGCUGCUUUACUUAAAAGCAAAAAGUAUAAUAAAAACAGCGAUGAUCUAUUUCAAGAUCUGAAUUUUCCUAAUUAUCCUCAUUUCCCUCGAAUUAUUGUAACCAAUAAUCAAGAAAAUGAAGAGCCGAAUAACUUUAAAGGAAGAUUGUUUUCAACCUUUUCACUUCCUGAAACCACAUGUUUGCCUGUUCACCUUAAUGGAACCUGGGCUCAAAGUUCAGAUCGGGCAAGAUUGUUGAUUGAAAAAGAUAACAAAUUGCCAGAUAUGGAUCAUCAGAAACUCAAUUGGAACAGACAUAUCCUACUUGAAUUCCUUCCCGAUCUUCAUUGCAAACUCUUGGAAGAAAUCAUUAAAUUGCAAAAUUAUAAAAAAAUUGAUUUCAAAAACUGUAUUUCAAAGUUUUGGCCAUUUCCGCUUUCUACACAUAGCCAUCCAAAGUAUGUAUUUAGCUAUGGUUGCAAAGUACUCCAAUGUAUGAUACAAUCUGAAAACCUUUUUCAAUUAAUCAACUCCGAUGAUCAUUUUUAUCAACAUUCUCAAAAAGUCUAUUUUUCUGGUGAGAAUAACAAUAUAGACAUUCUCUUCAAGUGCUUGCCAGUUGAUAAUAUUGAAAAUUUCUAUCAAUUACUACGAAGUGAUUGGGAUGGAAUAGGAGCGAAAAAGGAAUCCCUCAAAUCAAUAAUCCGCAAAUUGCCUAUUUGGCCAGUACGAUUUUUUCCUUCAAUGACAAAUCAAUCGUUGAAAUUUGCCCCAGUUUCAAUUGGGUACGUUUUACCCAAGGAUUUUAACAUGUAUAAAACAAAGGAGGAGAAAAUUUUUCUAAAAUCUACUGAUAAGAUAGACAAUAGAAUUUUGAUAGAUCUUGACGCUGCUUGGCGUGAAAUUCAUGAAUAUGCAUUUAAUGAUGUUGAAUUACCUGAAAAAAAUGAUCAAGAAUAUGUGGAUUUUCUGGAUUCCAAAUUUAAUUAUCUCUUUCCCAAUGCAUUUACUGAUGAUCUGAUGCCGAUUUCUAAACUAUUCGAUUAUGAUAAUCUUGUUUUUCGAACUGUAUUCGGAGGAGACUCAAAUGUUUUUCUUCACCGUAAUCUUACAAAACAUAAAAGCAAAUUAUCAAAUAUUGGGUUCAAUGAUGAAUUGAGUCCGGAGUCAUUUAAUAGAUGUGCGAAGCAUAUCGAAGAAUUGCAAGAGAUAAAUCCACCACCUGAUAUACGUCAUCGUGGUUUCGUAUUGGUCGAUCAUUUUUAUAAAGAUCUGAAGAAAUAUGACAUUGAAAAAAUUGAUAGGAUUUCAUUCGUUCCAAUUGCUAAAUUUUUGGGCAAACCUUACGAUAAGUAUUAUAAUCACUCUCAAUUUUUGGAGUGCUUCGACAAUAUAGUCCAUCCUCAAUAUAAAGGUGUAGCAUGGAGUCAAAAUGCUUUAUUCGCGGAAGAUGUCAUACCACCUUCAAAUGCACUUGAAAAAUACCCAUCACUUGGUAAACCAAGUGAUAUCACGGUAAUCAAGCACCUUAAAUUCCUGCGCAAUAAACUUAUCGAUGAUGACGAAUGGAGAAAUGAUUGGAAAGAUACGUUUGUGUCUAACGUUUUUGAGGUUUAUGAUUGGCUUGAAGAAAAAUGUUCAAGUGAAAAAUUGAUGUUGAGUUUAUACAUUAAAGAAAAUGAACCAUUAUUCCUUAACCUUGGUAAAAGUCAAAAUCCAUUCGAUAUUGACAAUUGGGUUUCUGCAAGUAAUUUGGUUUUGAAUAUAGAACCAGGUGAAGAUAAAUAUAUAAAUCCUCGCCUGUCAAAGUAUUACGCAAUGCUAAAAAGUGCUGGCGUCAAAGAAAUAAAAGUACCAAAUUUCAAAAUACAAGUUGGAGAACAUGAUCAGUCAAGCAUUAUCAUAAAAAACCUGCUGGAAUUUUUAUCCAAUCAGAUGAACUCUUUGCAUGAUGUUGUUUUUAAUGUAAAUGGCGAGGAAAUAUGGGCGAGUCGAAUUGUGCUUGCCGCAAGCUCUGAAUUUUUUCUUCAGAAAUUCACUUCAGGAGAAUGUGCAAACUCUAACCCAGUUACAAUCGAUAUUAAUGAUGUUAGUCCUACCUCAGUACAACUACUUGCAUUGGCAAACGAUUAUGGAUUAGAUAAAUUAAAAGAACUCAUUGAAUUAAAGCUCUCUCGAAUAGUCAACAGAUCAAACGUGAGAGAUAUAUUAAAUUUAGCAGAAUAUUUAAAUGCAAGCCAACUCGAAGAAUAUUGUAAACGUUACAUUGAGGUUAAUGUGCAUUCGUGA